GACUGAUCUCAUCUCAUCAUCUUCUUCAACUUCCCCAUUUAAGUCUGCUUUCACGCACUUACACAACUCUCUAUAUAUCUCUUUAAUGCCUUUCCACUCACACACACACACACACACACUCUCUCCCUCUCUCUCUCUCUCUCUCUCUCUCUAAACUCUAGAUUCAAUUGGGGAGGGACUCUAAAUAUUUGAAGCCCCAUUAGAUCUUCCUAGCAAGGCUUUGAUUUCACGACACAUGGCUCCACUUUUCAGACAGGUACUUGUUCUUUAUCUUGUUUUGUUUUUCUUCACUUCUAUCCUCCUCAUUUGUGUCUACACUGAACCAACUCAACCUCUGAGCAAUGAGUUCCAAGGUACUAGAAGAAUGUUAGAGCUUCAAGAUGAAGAUCAACCAAUCAAGAAGAAAAAACCCACCACUUUGUCCACCAAAAACCAAACCAAAUUGAUCAAAGCCCCCACAGGUUUAUCCAAGAACAAAACCAAACUCAUCAAACCCACCGACGAUUCAACCAAAGAAACCACCACUACCAUCAAAAUCAAAACCCAGCUCAAGAAGCUCAAUUCCACUUCAAAAACAUCAAAUUCAACCAAACCCAGUUCAAAAACUUCAAAUUCAAACAAACUCAGUUCAAAUCUGACCGAGAAAUCCUCAGAUCUAAUCAAACCAAGCUCACCCAAGAACAAAACAAUCAAACCCGUUACCACAAAACAAUCCAAAACCCAAUUAGACAAGAACCUCACUGAGCUCAAAUCCAAGAACCCAGAUAAGAACAAGGUCGCAGAGAAAAAACCCAAGUCACCAAAGACCGAAAAACCAACACAACAGAGCUGGAUUGAACGAGAAGAUCAUGAAAAUGAUGAUGCGGUUACAGAUUUCACAGGCCUACCCUUCAAAUUCCAAGAAACACUGUUGCCAGAUUUGGAGAAAAUAUCAACCACUUCCAAAGUUUAUCUCAACAAAGCCAAUAAACAGAUCACACAAGGGUUCAAACCCUUUGUGGGUACAAAAUAUGCACCAACCAUUGCUUCAAUUGUCUGUUUUGCUUUCAUUUUGAUCCCUCUGGUUAUAGUCUCUCUCAUCUUCAAUCGCAUCAAAGCCUAUUUCUCUCUCCAAAAACUCCUCAUCUUCACCCAAGCCUACCUCUCCAUCUACUUCUCUAUCCUCUGCUUGUCUUCCCUAGUGACCGGGCUCGAGCCCCUCAGGUUUUUCUACGCUACUUCGCAGACCACCUACGUUUGCUUGCAAGUCUUGCAGACUCUUGGCUAUGUGUUUUACCUUCUGCUGCUAUUGAUGUACCUGAUUCUCGUGUUCUCCACUGAUUCCGGGCCGGGCUCCAAGAUGUUGGGCCUGGGCCAGACCUUCGUAGGCUUUGCUGUUGGGGUGCAUUAUUACGUGACAGUGUUUCAUAAUGUUGUGUUGCACCAACCGCCCAAGACCAAUUGCAUGGUUCAUGGGAUUUAUGCCGCGUGUUUUCUUGUGAUUUGUCUGUUAGCCACCGCUGACAGGAGAAAGAAGGCUUACUUGGUUGAUGAUGGUGAGGAAGGCAAAAAGAACUGAUUUUUUUUUUUUUUUAUUUUCUUAUAUUUCUAUUUUUGGUUAUUAUUUUAGUAUAAGCGAGAAAUUUCGCUUUGUUCAAUUUUUUGACAACUUGUAUGUUAUUUAUAAUUGAAGAUUAUGAAUAAUGAAAUGGUUAAUCUUUAUCGGU